GUGAAGAAUGGAAAGAUUUACCACAAAGUUGUGAUUCACCACAAAGUAGUGGUUCAUCACAAAGUAAUAAUUCAUCACAAAGUAAUAAUUCGUCAAAAAGUAGUAUUUCUGAUGCCGAUACCGAAUCUAAUAAAACCAAUGGCGGAGAACUUUUAAAUAUUAUGUCUGAGGCGUUUCGACAUCUUUCUACCGAAAAUCGUGAGAGGAUUCAACAAUUUCCUGAUGACGAAAUGGGUCGUAUGACCAAAGCUGCUGCUGCAAACUGA